UACCAUCCAUUCGUUUCUCUCAACCCCACAACACAACAACAACAUGAACUCUUCUUCCUUCUCAUUUUUGAUCUUCACCGUUGUUAUCAUCCUCCGGUGCCUAAACCCCGUCAAAGCCGCCACGUGUCAUCCAGAUGACGAGGCAGGUCUUCUAGCUUUCAAAUCGGGUAUAACCCGAGAUCCUUCGGGUAUUCUCAGCUCAUGGAAGAAAGGCACUGCUUGCUGCUCCUGGAACGGUAUCACCUGCCUCACCGGCGACCGAGUCACCGCACUCACUGUCAGUGGACAGUCCGAUGUAGCCGGAAGCUUCCUCUCCGGCACAAUCUCCUCGUCGCUAGCCAAACUCCAACACCUCGAUGGUAUUUACUUCAUGAAUCUCAAAAACAUCACUGGACCUUUCCCACAGUUCCUUUUCCAAUUACCACAGCUGAAAUACGUUUACAUCGAGAACAACCGUCUCUCCGGUCCACUACCGGUUAACAUCGGUUCCCUAAGCCAGAUUGAAGCGUUUAGCCUCGAAGGAAACCGGUUCACCGGUCCGAUCCCAACUUCCAUAUCAAAUUUAACCAAGCUAUCUCAGCUCAAUCUUGGCGGUAAUCUCUUAACCGGAACAAUCCCUUCAGGGAUUGCUAACCUCAAGCUCAUGUCGUAUCUGAAUCUCGGCGGUAACCGUCUCUCCGGAACCAUCCCGGAUAUUUUCAAAUCCAUGCCGGAGCUCCGAUCUCUCGUUCUCUCUCGCAACGGAUUCUCCGGGAACCUUCCUCCGUCGAUCGCGUCGCUCGCACCGAUCCUCAGGUUCCUCGAAGUAGGCCAUAACAAACUCUCCGGGAAGAUUCCAGACUACUUAUCGAGGUUCAAGGCGCUCGACACGUUGGAUCUCUCGCGCAACCAGUUCUCCGGAGUCGUGCCGAAGAGCUUCGCGAAUCUCACCAAGAUCUUUAAUCUUGAUCUCUCGCACAAUCUUCUCACCGAUCCGUUCCCUGCUUUGUACGUUAAGGGAAUCGAGUCUUUGGACCUAUCGUACAAUAAGUUCCAUCUCAAAACCAUUCCGAAGUGGGUGACGUCGUCGCCGAUCAUCUUCUCGUUGAAGCUUGCGAGAUGCGGGAUCAAGAUGAGCUUAGACGAUUGGAAGCCAGCGGAAUAUUACUUUUAUGAUUUCAUUGAUCUGUCUGAAAACGAGAUAUCAGGGAGUCCGGCGAGGUUUCUGAACCAGACGGAGUAUCUGGUGGAGUUCCGGGCGGCCGGGAACAAGCUACGGUUUGAUAUGGGGAAGCUAACGUUUGCGAAGACGCUGAAAACGCUGGAUCUGUCGAGAAACUUGGUGUUCGGGAAGGUGCCGGCCACCGUUGCUGGACUGCAGACACUGAACGUGAGUCAGAAUCACCUUUGCGGAAAGCUUCCGACAACAAAGUUUCCAGCCAGUGCGUUUGCUGGGAACGACUGUCUUUGCGGUCCUCCACUUUCUCCUUGCAAAGUUUAGCGGCAGGAAAGCUCCAUUGGUGUGGUAGAUGUACCGUGACACUUGCAAGUUUAGCUCCAAAUAAGAUUUGUAUUAAUAAAACUCCAAAUAAAAUUUGUAUUAAUAACAAUAAACUAGAUUUAUAAUAUAUGUCAAUCAGUCAAUGAUAGACUUCCU